AUGAAAUUUUUUAGGGCAUUUUGUUAAGGGAAAUCUAUUCUUGUAAAGGACUCAUAAAAGUUGACCAAAUAUAUCGAUCUUUGCCUCAAGACCCCUGUUUCUUAUAAGGGAAUUCAUCAAUCUGUUGGAUAUAAUGAAAUAAUAAAGACUCAAUUCAAUUCUUAAUAAUUUAAUCAGACUUUAUUUCCUUAAUUUAUAAAUUUAAUUGGAAGAGAUUUUAAAGAACUAGAUUAAAAUGAGUUCAAUUAUUUUAUUCAAGCUCUUAGUUGUUAUGUAGAGAGUGCUAAUACUAGAAAAAGCUAUGAUAAAUUAAUAUUUGAAAAUGUUGUAAAUUAAAUAAGCUUAAAUGCUACAUAUGUUUAAAAAAGUAUAUUCUUCUUAACUAUUUAUUGGUAUAUGGCCUUCUAUUAGGCUAGUUUUCAAAGUUAAUAAGUGAUUGAUAAAUUUUAAGCUGAAUUAUUUCAAUAAGUACCAUAAACAGUAGAAGAAAGUCUUUGGAGAAUAUUUAUAGAAAUGCAUCAAUUAUAAAUGAAAAAAAAACAUUAAGAAAAAGAUGAAGUAAGCAAAAUAUAAUAAUAAAAAAUUAUGGAAAGGUUUAUUGAUUUAAUUGAAGCUAUAGAUGUAAAUUUACCCAAAUUUACUAAUAUAAUGAGUAGAUUCAUGUUGUUAAAGUAUUAUUCAAUUUUAAAGCAAAUAAAUGUAAAUUUCAAUAAAAUUUUUAGUUAUAAAAUUUUGACAAAAGAUUUCAAAAUUUAUUAUUUUCUGUUUAUACAGCAUCAUAAAAUUAUAUCUCAGAAAAUUUAUCAUCCUUGAAUUCGUUUGGUUUAUAUGGAUAUAUUGACUUAGUCUCAAAAAAUAAGGACAUAUUGCAAUCGGCAAAAUGGGAUAUUUUAUUGAAUGAACUUAACUCUAAAAAUUUUAAUGAAAUGCCAAUCUUUGAUGUUAUAGCCUUACUCUCUGUUAUCAUAAAAAAUGGCAAGCUUAAUUCAUUAUUAACUAAUAGGAUGAUCUAGUAAUUAAAUAAUUUAAAUUAGACAUUUAUAUGAGAACCUAAAUUCUAUAAAACCUGAUAAUUAUGCAGAUGUUUUUUAGAUCCUUGCUUCAGUUGAGUGUGAUUUAAAUGAUAAAUUUGUGACAAAACUCUAAACAAAAGUAGUCCCUAAGGAUCUAUCAUUAGAACAUAUAUCAAUUAUACUUGGGGUAUUGUAACGUUUCCAUAGAAUUGAUAUAAAUAUAUUGGAAAAAUAUUUAGUAGGUAUUGGAAUGAGAGUAAAAAAUAUUGAUAAAACGAAUGCUGUUGGAAUUUUAUCUGCUCUCAAUUAUAAAUAUUAAUAAAAUCCUGUUAUAUUUUCUUAAAUUUCAUAACUUAAAUUAGAGGAAGAUCAAGAUAAAUAAUUAAAAAUUGAGAUUUUAAAAUAUUUACAACUACAUGAUCCAGAAAAUAAAAAAGUUCAACAAAUUUAGGAAGAUUUUCUUAAAAUAAUGAAAAAACAGUAUGAUUUUGAAUUAAUGUGCUCAUUUCUUGAAAUUCUUUUGCAUAUAAAUGAGAUGACUUUAAAGACAAUUACUCUUUUACCUGAAUUUAAAUCAUAUAUCAAGAAAUGCUUAGAUUAAAUAAAAUAAACUAAUGAGAUGGAUGAUGAGAUAUUAGAAUUUUUGGUUAAACAAUAUUAGAUAGAUUUUUGA